GAGGAUGAUGAGGCACUUCGAAGACCUGUUGAGGAGAAAUUUGAGAAAGAAGGUCAUCCGUAUUUCGCGUCAGCUCGUCUCUGGGAUGACGGUGUGAUUGACCCGCGUGAUACGCGCAAAGUUGUUGGACUUGCUUUUCAAGCGGCCCUCCAGAAGCCAAUACCCGAAACGAAGUUUGUGCUGCAUCAGGAAUAUGUUGUUGACCGGUGCCUUUCUUACUUUGCUACCUUAUGCAUCAAUCAGGGCUUCCUAUGUUGUGUACCUCAUGCACCUUUUGGUGCUACUCAUAUCCGUGUCCCGUUGAAUAAAGUUCACGUCUUCCUUGGUUUCACGAUCUUGAAUUACGGGUCAGAGGUGUACGCUUUUGGUCACCGAAUUGGAGCCCCAGAAGUGCAGCCAGAUAAGCUUGUGAAGGCACUGACAUGUGAGUCAUUUUUUACACGUGCUGAUGUUGAAGAAGGUGCUAGUGGCUCAGCACCAAGUCAAUCUUUUGAAAUUGGUGAAGAAAGCAACUCGGAACUCAUAGCGAAAGGCCGCGGCAUCUUAUCUCAUAUGGUACUUACAUAUCUUCGAUCUCAUCUACCUCUUGCACCUGAGGAGUUUGUACAAGCUGUUGCUUAUCAGCUGAUAUCAGACGAGCAGCUUUCGAACAUUGCCAAGCACCUGGGUAAUCAGAUUUUCAUCCUCAUACCCAAAAAGUUCCAUUUUCAUUUGCUUUCUCAUCUGACAUUCCGUUACCCAGGUGUUGACGUACUUGUACGCACCGCUGAACAACCACCCUCAUCUACGUCGAUUGCUGAUGCGUUUCGAGCUUUGUUCGCUGUAAUUGGAGAGCAACGAGCCAAAGUCCUUGUCAUCGACGUUAUCAUACCCCAACUGAUCGAUAUCGAUUUUGCGGACGUAUACCCCCUCAAAGAACCUCUCGCAGUGUUAACUGAUUUGUUGGUAAAGGAGGGAGCAAAAGAGGUAGAACCAAGACUUUUGCGCUCAGCAGGUACGGUAAGCGCCCAACCAGUCUAUGUGGUGGGCAUUUACAAGGACAAGUCAGAAAUUGUUGGGCAGAGUAUGUCUCUACCAUACAGCAUAAUUCUCUUAUCUCAAGGCGCUGGUGAAACUUUGGAAAUUGCCGUUGAUAUGGCUGCUCGGGAAGGCCUACUACGUCUAUGGGGUGUAACAGCAGACAGGUAUGGUUCUAGUUGAGA